AAAAACAGCUGAUCAUUAAAUGGAUUCUGUUUUUUUUACUUGUGCCUAGAAAAAUUCAAAUGCAGAAAACUUUAAAUCGCAAAUUCAAUAAUAAAAUUAUUUCUUGUAUAAGCGUUUUAUGCUAGUGAAAUUUAUUAAAAAUAUUAACAUCACGUUAUGGCAAUAUGCAUUUGUGUUUCUAAUUACUUUAAUCAAAAAGAAUAUUAUACAAUUAGUGAUGAAUGUCCGGUAAAAUGCUUAGGGGAGAAACGACCUCCAAAAAGUAAACUUUCGAAGAAUCGAAGGAAAACUGAAGCCAAUGGCAUAGAUGUGUACUUUUUCAUUCGUGAAAUCCUAAAUUUCACUAGUUAUAGACAAAAAUGUUUAAAUGAUAAUGUAAAAGAAGGUAUCUUCCUUUUGAUUCAAAUAGUGCCACCCGAGAGGGAAGUCAUCGAUUAUAAAUGGAAUCAGAUGACUUCUUACACGUUAUGGGAAAAAAUCGAAGUUGACUAUCUGAUGUCAUGGUUAUCGACCUUGGGUGGAGGAUUCUCUGCUCUUGGAGAACAAUUUUCAACCUGUGCUGAAACAGCUGGUAAAAUAUCACUUCGCCAAUUACAACUGGGACUGCGACUGGGUGAUCCAUUUCUUCAGGCUCGAUGCAAACUCUACUAUAGCAUAUCACUAAUUCAAACUGGUCGCCUGCGAUAUGCAAAGUAUAUUAUCCGAGAGCAAUACAAAUUUGCCCGACAGCAUAAAGCAAUCGAUGGUCGUUUAGUGAAAAUGUGUUUUGGAAUUUGGCAUCGACUUCAAUACGAAUACAUGUUGAAACAGAAGAGAAAACAAACAAAUCAACCAAGAAAACAACCAACAAUUAAACCAAUUCAUUAGAUUUUGCUUAGUUUUUAUUUUUGAAAUCGGGAACAAAAAUGUCUCAUUAAAUGACUCGAAAAGUUCUCUCAUAAAUAUUGUGAUCCAAAAAACAAACAAAAAAAAGUUUAAAAAUUAAUUCAAUAAAUUUUUAUUCUUUCUAUCAACAUAAUUGUAUAAAAUAUUUUGUUUUUAAUUUAUAA